AUACAGCACUAUCAACAAUUGUGUAACACGAUGGUCGUACAAAUAUGUUUUAAAAUGGCCGUCAUGAAUAAUUUUAACCAUAGUGACGUUUGUAUACGUGGUUUCAUGUAUUUUGUAUAUUUUAUAUUCCAAACUAAUUAAUUACGACAAUCGUGUCGAUUCGUAUUAACAACACAUUGAGGAUCAAUUAACGAGUUGAAAAAAUAUGUUUUGUAAUAUCAAAGUAUUGUAUUGUAAAUCUCGUCUUACUCAACGGUUCGGGAGGUUCGGAAACUGUAUUUUAAAAUAAAUUUGCUCAGUUGUACUCGAAAUUGAAAAUACAAACAUUAUAAAAAAAAUGUCACGUGAUAACUUGUCUUAUUAUUGCGCAAUUAACGCCGACGUAUUUACCUGAAGAAAAACAAAACUAUCAUGUCAAAAACGGCUUAUAGAUCAAUCUAAAAAAGACAUGGAGACCACAUCGGAGCUUCUGUGUCUUUUAUGCACAGUAAAAUUGGAGUUGACGACCUGUGUAAACAUUUUUUACACAUCGUUACCUAGGAACGGAAUGCAACUUGGCAGUUUUAUUCUCCAAGUAUUAAAUUGCAUAGAAUCUGAUUUACGUAGUUCCCAUGUAUGCUCCCAAUGUUACAGCAUGUUCCAAAUAUUGGAACAAGCGCAAUGGACAGUAGUGAACAUUAGAACUGAGAUAUUGAAAGUAUACGAGUCAAGUAGCAAGCAGAGUGACGGUAAGACUAUUAGAAGCAAUGUUGCGAAUCUUUUCGAAAUCGGUGAUAAAUGUUUGGCUGGGAACUUGAGUCAGGCGAACAGAUUCAAAACAACAAGCAGUCCGAGCGAGCUGAAAAAUUUAUCUGAAUUGGAAAAAUCGAAUAACGAUAAAUGCUCGAUUAUCCAUGAAGAAUUAGCGAACGGUUGUAAAGAAUCGGCGAUUCAUAUUGGAAAAGCUUUGGAUCUUGAUAAAAAAUUUAGUCCAUGUGGAACAAAGAUCUGUGCUACUAAAAGUAUAAAUAUAAAUGUAGGGAGCGAACAAAAUGUAAAGGGAAAACGUAAAGGUCAAGUCAAAGUCGAAGAGGCUAAUGAUGUGAGACAUGUCAAUAGUUUUGACGACAUUCUGAAUGGCGAAAAAGCAGGUGAAACGAUGAGACGAAGCGAAGAAAAUGUCAAUUGUUUAUCCAGAAAUGAUAUAACAUUCAAUCUAAAUAGACAAGAAAAAAUGGCACUGUAUACUCAUCGGUGCAAAGUAUGCGGCAGAUUGUUUAAAUAUGCGAACGAUCUUCGUUUGCACUCAUUGAAACACAGAGGGUCGAAACCUUAUAAGUGCAAAAUUUGUAACGAAGUAUUUUCAAGCCUAUCCAAAGCUAAUAUUCAUGUAGUUAAAGAACAUCCAAGGAAUAAAGACGCCAUAGACACUAUAAAUGAGCUUUUAGAGUCAAAUAAUGACGACCAUGGAAUAUUUCCCGAAGAACUGCUCGGCAUGUCGGAUAAUGACGAACAAGAUGAUUUCCAAUGGAAAGAAGUUGUGCGCAAUACAGAAAAAAUUUACGAACACGAAGAUGCAAUCUCAAAGAACAACUCUGUGGAAAUGCUGGAUGUGCCUAAAGAGCUUGCACCUAAUUCGCAAGAGAUAACGUACAAAUCUCAUAGAAUAUCAAAGUAUAGCUUAAAGCCAUUAAAAUAUCCUUGCCCAACUUGCGGAAAGAAGUGGAGAACGUCAGCCGAGUUGAAAACCCACAUGAAAUCACAUUCGAGUCUGAGACCCUACAUGUGUGAAAAAUGUGGUCAGGCUUACAAGCACAAGCACGCAUUGGAGAUCCACGUCGGUAUGCACAACGGCAUUAAUCCAUUCCAAUGCAGUUUUUGCAACAAAUGUUUCACCCAAAAGGGAGCUUUGAUGAGACACUUACCGAUGCAUACGGGGGAGACGCCUUACCAAUGCGAACUAUGUGGAAAACGCUUUGUCCACCAUACUUCGUACAACAUGCAUGCACUUUCGCACACUGGGAAAAAAUCCUACCAAUGUCACGUAUGCGAUAUGUCUUUACUGUCGACUUCUCACUUGAAGCGUCACAUGCGAGUACACACAGGUGAAAAACCGUUCAGUUGUACUCUAUGUGGAAAACGGUUCGCCGAACGAUAUAAUUUGUUCGCGCAUCAGAAGAUACAUGACCCAGCUGAGAUACUGGCUAAAGAAACAAAUAAAAUGCAGUACAAGUGCAAACAGUGUGCGAUAUUAUUUGAUAAGAAGCAGGCACUGGACGAUCACUUGCGUCAUCAUCACCAUGAAGUAACUGAUAGUACUAGUAAUAGAAAGUGGGUAGGGGACGAAAAUGACAUUGGAACAGCGACGUCAAAAUUUUUUACAUCACAAAUUGAGAGUGAAAUGGAGAACACGAUUAAAGUAGAUGUUUAUGAUGAUAGAAUACUCGACCAAGCAUGGCAGCAGGUGAACUAUACAAAAUUGCCAAGUAUCGAUAAUGACCCGAAGCUACCUCAAUCACAAAGUAAUUUUCAAGUUGGCUCAAAUCCGUUGGCCAUAGUUUCUGAAAAUCACAAAAUGUUGAUCGAUAUGGGCUGCAAUCGGAAUGUAAUUACAAAUAUGGGCGUUUCUAGUGGAAAUCAAAUCUAAACUGUGAAAGCACUGAAAUAAAAAUGGAUAUAACUGUUGUGCUAGUUAUUUCCAAAAAUAAUCGCAGUAUAUGAGCACAGUUAUAUAAAUAUCUGUAGCGUUACGCAUUACUUAUCAAUUGAACAAGACUUUCGUAAAAUAAUAUGUUUCCUCUAGGGUGGUAAUGCUCAACAUACCUUUAUCUUGGUAAAAAAAAAUAUAUAUAUAUAUACACACACCUAUACUCGAAAAUUUUUUGAAUAAUGAAAUGGGAAUUGACAUUCCCGUAAGACACAACAAUAAAUAAAAGAAGUAUAGAAAGUCAGACAAUAAUUGAUCUAGUUCGUGAGAACUUUAUUACUUGUGACUGAUACUAUUUAUAGUAGAUAAGUCAAUUAUGCAAAGAUAUAUUGUGUGUUAUAUUAAUUUAUGCAUAUCAUGUUAAAUAUGAGUAUUUAUAUGCACAAGCAUUGCCUUUAUUCAGAUUGAAUAUGACUGAAGUAUUUUCAUCUCUCUACACGGGAAAUGUCAUACCCUAUAUUUAACACAUGAUGCUCAUGAUCGUUUGAUACUUUCGCUUCAUAUGAUCGCUCCAUAUGUAAAACUAUAGUACAAAAAUUGUAAUUUUCCAUUAUUAUAAAAGUGAAAGGACACACUUGACAUAUAAUCAAUUGGCAUAUUCUUUUUUAUCUCAGGUCGUAUUUAUAUUUAUUGAAGUAAGAAUAUUUCACUAAUUUCGUACUAAUACUUCCCUCAUUGAUACAGCAGACACUAUCUAAGAGUCUAUCAGUAUUGACGUUGAAAAUCAAACGCCAGUUGGAUAAUACCACAGAUAAAUGCAAGAAUUGUUAAAGUGAGUAUUUUUGAGAAUUCUACUCCUUCUCAGCGACGAACUUAAACUCUUAAACAGAGUUUGCUAUACAUUGAGUAAAUAAAUUAACUAUAGUAUUUACGCCGCUGAUAUUUCAUGUGAAACCAAAGACUGAUUUAUUAAAUUGAAAAAUAAGUUUCACAUAAUGAAGUUGUUGAACUCACUCAAUUUUAUAUCACAUCCACUAUUUA